AUGCACACAAAUGGGUUGUCCAAUACUCUAAAGAACUUGAAAAGUCUUGGGCCAAAAAGUGACUCAAGUCUUUUCGACAUGACUCGCUUAUCAAAAAGCCUUCAAUUGAAUGACUCGAGAAAAAAAUCAAAGAAAGCCUCCGGAGACAAAGAUCUUCUGUCUAGGAGAGGUAGUGUUCCUGAAAAUACCUGCAGUGACACCGAUCUUGAAGGUGAUUCAGAAGCUGUGGAUCUUCUGGAAAUCGACUUUCCUGAAGGAGGGAUAAAAGCAUGGUGCUCGGUGUUGGGAUCGUUCCUUGGGUUAACCUGUACUUUUGGAAGUAUGAACAGUACUUCUGCCAUUGAAACUUACAUUUCUCGUAACCAGUUAAGCAACGUAUCCGCGUCGGUGGUUGGAUGGAUUUUCUCGAUUUACAUGUGUAUUGGGUUAUUAUGUGGGAUUUUGACUGGGGAUUUUUUCGACCGCAGAGGCCCAAGACCGCCAAUCUUCCUUGGUGGUGUGCUUUCAUUCAUUGGUAUGUUUAUAACCGGUAGCUGUACUGAGAUUUACCAAUUUAUUCUUGCAUUCGGGGUCGUUGCUGGCUUGGGUAGUGCCGUUCAGUUUUCCAGCUUAAUCGGGAUCAUUAGUCAUUACUUCAAUAAGAAAAGAGGAAUUGCUAUUGGUAUCGCGACUAUCGGGGGUUCUGUAGGUGGGGCCAUUUUCCCAAUCAUGUUGAGAAAGUUGUAUUCCAACUUAGGUUUUACCUGGGCAAUGAGAAUCUUUGCCUUUGUGGUUUUGUUCUUGGAUAUUGGUGCUUUUGUAUUUAUCACCCCUAGGUUCCCACCGAAGAAAAAUACGAAAAAGGGAGCCAGUUUUUCCCAAAAGGUCUCAACCUUCUUCAAGAAGGUCUUGGAUGUUGAAGCCUUCAAAGACCCACGAUUCUCCUUCUGUGUUCUUGCCGUUACUUUUUCAGAAGUUUUUCUUGUGACCUCUAUGACUUAUUAUGGUUCCUACGCUUUAUUCAGAGGAAACUCGGAAGAUACCGCAUACUUGCUCAUUACUGUUAUGAAUGCCAGUGGGAUAGUUGCUAGAAUUGCCGCAGGGUACUUAUCUGACAAAGUUGGGAAAUUCAACCUUAUGACAAUCAUGAUAUUCCUUUCUUCAUUGUUCUGUUUGGUCAUUUGGUUACCUUUAGGUCACCUAACUGGUGGGUUAUAUGCCUUCUCAGUAGUGUAUGGGAUUUUCUCUUCAGCAGUGUUGAGUUUGACCCCGUUAUGUGUGGGACAAAUUAGUAGAGUGGAAGAUUUUGGUAAAAAAUACUCUACCUGUUAUUUCGUGGUGGCUCUUGGAACCUUGGUGGGUCUUCCUAUCUCUGGUCUUUUCAUUGGUAGUAACCCAACUUCCAGAAAUUACGAUAAUUUCAUUAUUUUCCUAUCGGUAUUGGGUUUUACAGGGGUGGUCUGCUGGCUUAUCUCUCGAUGGUAUGCCGUCAAGUUCAAGUUGUGUAUUUACUAA